CCUCGAAUUUCUUUCUUUCCAUGCCAGGCGGGAGGCAGUGCUUGGAGCAGUUUUUCCUCACAGGGAGGAGUCCUUAGUUCAUGCUUUGGUGCAGAAGGACCUCUAGCGUCCCUUCCCAGCUGUUGCUUUGGCAUUACUUCUCUAGCUCCGUAUUUCUUGAUCUUGAGACUUUCCUACAUACUGUGGAAGGAGAUAUGAUCCGCAAAGUGCACGUAGGGAAGUGGCUGGGAGAGAUAAGGCUGGGCUGCUCCUCCCUGGGCAGAAGUCAUUUACUGUAUGCCCCAGCCUCACCUUGCUUUGCUUCCAUGGCUCCUCCACAUCAUUUUUUUCUUCAUCUCAGGGACCUCUGGGUGCCUGUGCACCACAGGCUGCCCCAUUUAAAUACAUUACAUUAGAUGCUCCUGCUCCCUCAGUAAUGAAUUUUCCACUAAAUUUCAGUGACCACCAAUGUAAAUUUGUAGAUUCAUGUUGUGCUUCUUGGGACUUUUGUACAGCGCACCACCAGAAUCUAUGCUUAGUAUUCAGCAGCAUAAAAUUCUCAUUGAUGAAUUGAAUUCAUCAGUGGCAGCUAUUAGGAAUACAACAAAAGGGAUCUUACGUGUUCUGAUGUGAAUAAGGGUAUCCCUUAUUUCAUCACCAGGAUUGCCCUGCAUGCAUCACUCCAGUGAGAGGGGCAGGCAGUGUGGUCUUUCUGGGAAUGGAAAAGCUCGCAGGGUCUUUGAAGGCAGGGGAGAUUUAGCUGACAUGAUGUGAGAGUGGAAGCAGAUGGCUUUUCAUUUCCAAACCGAGAGUUUCGCAUGCGGUUUGACUUCCCCCAGCCAAGCAGCCCCUCGGUUUGCGUGGCUCUUAGUUGGGAGUAGGUGUCUCGACUCUCCGGAUGGACACGGCCUAAGUGAAUAAUGAAGUCAAAGGACGCAUUGUCCACAUGGAAGACUCCGGCAUCCCUCCACUCGCCUUCUGCUCUGCCCUCUCCUCCCACCGGGACAGCAGCAGCUCCGCAGGGUGAGGGGAGCCGGGAGCCCACCGGCGCCCAGCAGCUCACGCCUUUUCACCGCAGGAGUCAGAGUCUCCCAGCUGCGGGCUCCCAGAUAUCUGAACCCCUGCCGCUCCUCCUCCCGCUGCCGCAGCCCCUGAUGAGUUUCGGUUUCCAUUUCCCCGGCGCGGCGCUCCCGGCGCUGCCCGGACACUCCCGAGCAGUCGGCGGGCGAGGAUGGCGAGGGGACGGCGGCAGCGGCGCCGGGGCAGCGGCACGGGAGAGCACACGCAGUCGCAGAGGAAGGAGAAGGCGCGGUGCUCAAACCAUGAUGCAACACACACGCUCGUUCUCUUCUCUGACGGGAAAGUUUCUGAACACUGGGCUAAAGCUUCAGCAAACAGCCCCAAGACAAGGCUGGUGCAAGAACUGGGAAACCGAAAUAUUGUUCAAAUAGCAUGUGGGGACCAGCAUGCCAUGGCACUAUCCAGAGGGGGUGAGCUCUUCACCUGGGGCUGGAACACUCAUGGACAGCUUGGAGUGGGGAGCCAAACCAAGCUCACUCGUGAGCCACAGCUGGUGCAAAGACUAAAGGGCAUCCCACUUGCUCAAAUUGCUGCUGGAGGAGCUCACAGCACCACCGUGUCCCUCUCUGGAGCUGUGUAUUCCUGGGGAAAGAACAGCUUUGGACAGCUGGGACUCGGAGACACAAAAGACAGGGACUGCCCAACAUAUGUUGGAGCUUUAGAGCACUGGAAAACUGUAUUUAUCUCAUGUGGGGCAGAUCAUACUGCAGUUCUCUCCAAGGAGGGGCUGGUGUGCACCUUUGGAGCAGGAGGGUCUGGCCAGCUGGGUCACAACUCCACCCGGAAUGAACUCCUGCCUCGUGUUGUGGCUGAGCUGUGGGGAGCAAGGGUUACACACAUUGCCUGUGGCAGACAAUACACUCUGGUCUAUGUCCUUUCCUUGGACAAAUUCUAUUUCUGUGGAUCUGAUGAUGAAGGACUACUGGAAGACAAGAGCAAGCCAAAUCAGUUGAUACCACUUCCCAUCAAUUUACCAGUGGAUACUGGAAAAUCCUGCCAGAAAAAGAAUGUGCCAAAAAAGUGGAUUGAAAUUAUUGCAGGAAUAAAUCAAAGUUUUGCCUGUUGCAAGGAAGAGAACAAGAAUUCGUAUUUGAAUGGAAUUGCCACUCUGGAGGAUAAAGAAGUGGAUGCAUGGAUUUCUAAUUCUAAAUGUCAUGAGCAUAUAAAAAAGAGUAUCAGACUGAUCUUUUCAUCUGAGGCUUGCAUCAAUGGAAGCUUCCUGGACAAAAGAGACAAACACUUCAAAACUUCCAAAGAAGUCUCAGGCGUAGACAUGUCAGAAGUGAAACGUUUUUAUGAGAAGAUCAGUAAAAAACAAACAGUCUACCAGGAGGUGCAAAAGGAGAUUAGGAACUUACUGCCAUCAUUGUCUUCCUCUCCAAUCUCACCUGAAAAUUUCAGAGUCUACUUGAUCUUGCCUUUCCUUCUGCCGGGGAAGGAUGGGAACUCUAUCCUUUCUCUGACUCUUCUGGCUCAAGCCAUCAUGAAACUCCAGCCAGAGGGCCUGCAAACUCUUGAAUGCCUAUGGUCAAAUCUAGAAACAUCCUUUUUCGAGGAGCUGGUCAUUCUGUAUCAGAGGGCUUCCCAGCAAAUUCUGUGCGAAUUUGUCAUGGAGAUCGAAAGAAUGGGGCUAGACUGCUUCUUCGGCCUGGACCCACCUGAAACUUGGCUUCUGCAAGUACUGCAGAUGCUUUACCAGGUGAACUCCAGAACUGGUUUCAGAGUACAUGAAAGCAACUUCCAUUUACCUCAAGUGAGAAAGAUUACCGACUUAUGUGCAUUCUUCAGUAUACCAACAGUCCUGUCCAUGCUGAGCAAGUACCCAUGCAUCUUUGAUAGAGAAAGCAAGAUCCACGUUCAUGCUACAGAAUGCUGGGCUCUGUCCAACAUCUCUUUUAUACCCUUUACAUGGAUCUCUCAGCCAUGGAAUUUCUGUGUCAGAAGACAAUGCCUUCUGCAAGACAUACGGAAAAAUUUGAAAUAUGCCUCAAACCAAGAUUUCAGGAAGAUAUUAAAGGUGUCUUUUGAGGGUGAGAUGGGGGUGGACGAAGGUGGGCUGUCCCAGGAACUCUUCAGCAUUGCAGCCAGCACCCUCUGCCAGCCCAGCGCCGGCGCCUUCUGCUGCUCCCGCUCCGGCCUCGUGUGGUUCCCCAGACAGGCCCCCAGCUGUGAGGAUGAGGACAUCUUCCUCUUGAGCGGGACGCUGUGUGGAAUGGCCCUGUUUAACCAGCGCACGGCGCCCUUCCCCUUCCCCAGGGCUCUCUACAAAAAGCUUCUGGACCUGGCCCCCACCCUGGAGGACCUUGAGGAUCUGCUGCCAACCGUGGGCAGGAGUCUUCGGAGAAUUUUGAAUGAAGAAUGUGAUAGCUUGGGCUUGGACUUCACGAUAAUGGAAGGAGAAGAUUCCACGCAUGUUGUUGAGCUUAAAGAAAAUGGUGCCAAUAUUCCUGUCACUAAGGAUAACAGGAAAGAGUAUGUUGACUUGUAUGUGAAUUAUAUAUUCAAUAAAUCAGUACAAAAGCCAUUUGGGGACUUUAUGCAAGGGUUCUUAAGAGGCUGCCCAGCUAGAAAUUGGAAGAUGUUUUUCCCUGAAGAGCUGCAGGUUCUUCUCCAGGGACACACAACAUUUGACUGGCAUCUGCUGGAAAAGAAUGUGAUCUACCAAGGGUAUGAGAGGUUAGAUCGAACCAUCAGGAAUUUUUGGACUGUGUUUCACAAGCUACCAGAAGAAAAAAAGAAAAUGUUCCUUGCUUUUUUGACAGGAUCUGAUCGAAUCACUGGCUAUGGACCAGAACGUUUUAGAUUUUACAUUGAAGAAUACAAUUCUCAAGGAGAAAAUCCAGAUGAGUUAUCUCCCUAUGUCAGUACUUGCCAGCACAUUUUGUUCCUCCCCAGAUACAGCAGUAAAAAAAUACUCAAAAAGAAGUUGCUUUAUGUCAUAGAGCACAGUGAAGGUUUUGGACGUGCCUAAAUCUGGGAUGGAAGCACUUUAAAACAAACAUAAGAAAACAAAUCUUUGUUCACUUGCCAUAUUUUCUCUUAACUCAAAUUUACACCUUUCUACCCUGCCUUAUUUUUACUGCACUUUAUAAACAACCGAGUGUGUGCAUUUGCUGAGAUUUUACAUUGCUUUUAAAACUGAGCUUUGACCAGAUACCUCAUAGUUAGAUUGUAAAGUAAGGAAAGAAGAAUCCUGUUUGGCACACUUCAGAGAAGCAAGCUGUUAACCAAGCAUAUUUACAUAUAUAUGCAGGUAGGGUCUGCACUAUUCUGGUUGUGUUAGAACAGUGAGCUCCCAGCAGCAGGGAUUCUGUGAUUUGUACAUUUAUGCAUUAGCAAGCACACAACCAGGAUGUGCUAAGCAGUCACCCUUGCAAAGGCAAAGCUGGCGUAGGUUUUGAUGUGUAUUACUUAAGGGUUCUCUUGAGGAGCAACUAAAACAUUUAAUGAGCUGUGAAUUGAAGAAGCAGUCUGAGCUCACCUGGAUAUGGUCUAUGAUUUAUCUGAGAGAAAUUCUUAGGAGGAUUUGAUCAUUCCUAGACUUUUUGAAAAGCUGUAUUAAUGAAUUAUAAUAAUACAAUUUUCUGUUAUUUAGUGUGAUAUUUUUCAUGUUUCUUUAUAUCCUCUAAGGAGAUGCUUCACAAUUAAAUCAUAAAAUCUUUGGCUUGGGGAACAGCACUGUCUACAGAGCCCUAUGGACAUGAGGCUGGCAGGGCUUCUGGAAUCUCAUUGUCAAAACAGUGCAAAGCACUGUCAGAGCAUUAACAAUGUCAGGCAGGAUGUGUGUUUUCUGUGUAUUUUGCUAUGUGGAGAGAGGGAGAGACAAAACACUCAUUAUUUUUUAGCAGUCUUCUCUUUGGUACAUUAAAUGUGUCAGGGUACAUCCAUAUGUAAAGAAGACUUCCACUGUCUUAAAUUAAAUGAUGAUGGAUUAAAUUUUCA